AUGGCCUCGGAUAGGUCACCGCCUCAAAAGUCACUGCAGUCCCAGCACAUCGCGAGGCUCAGUUCAUCAUCUCCUUCUGCAGUCCGUCAAAUGCCUACUCCCGGUCUCGCUUCUCGGACGGGUUCCGCAGAGUCUCCCACGCCCCAAGGGGCCGCCACCGGGAACGAUCUGCAAUCGCAACCGUAUUCUAUCGCGGCUACUGCUUCGCCGGCCUCCGAGGUCACUCUCACAGCCACUGAGCCGCCCAGCGCGUCUACGACGCCGGCACCGUAUGGCACCCGCUCAAGAGGGCGCAAUGCAGCGCCACGCCCCAAUUAUGCGGAAGAUCGCGACAUCGACAUGGAUUUGGAGAUUGCCCAACCCGCGCCCAAAUCCACUAAGCGGACGAGCGGCGUUGCAGGCCAUCCGGUAAAUGGUUCCAAAGUCGAGGCCGAGAAAGUAGCAUCCUCGUCAAGCUCACGGAAAAGUCUGACGGCGACAAAUGGCGCAACUCCCGCCGCCACACCAAACCACCUCAUUCCCGGCACAUCGUCAUUUUCUGCCAAACCUGACGAGACCAAUGGGGGAGGAAACUCGUCCAGAAAACGAAAGCAACCGGCUAGCUCGACGAGUACUCCCACGGCCAAUGGAAGUGCUGCGAAGAAAUUAUUUACGGCUGCUCCAGGAGCCAGUCACCACCAACCGGACACGAAUAUGGUCAAUUUUGAGGAGCGUGGCGCUUAUUUGGAAGAUGGCAAGCUCACAGCGGAUGACGGCACCACGUUUGCCAUAAAUGACCAUGUUUACCUCAUUUGUGAGCCGCCAGGCGAACCGUAUUACUUGGCGCGAAUUAUGGAGUUUCUCCCCUCCAAGAAUACCGCCUCGGGCCCGAUCGAGGCGUUACGCGUGAAUUGGUAUUACAGACCACGUGACAUUCAACGGAAGGUCGCAGAUACGAGAUUGGUCUUCGCAUCAAUGCACUCCGAUACCUGUCCACUCACCUCCCUGCGUGGAAAAUGUUACAUCUCCCACCUGUCCGAUAUUUCGGACUUCGACGAAUACAGGAAGACUCGCGAUUGCUUUUGGUACGACAAGAUGUUCGACCGGUACAUUCAUCGCUAUUACGAUGUAAUUCCGACAAGCAAGGUCAUCAACGUCCCCGCCAAUGUCAAGAAAGUCUUGGAUGAACGCUGGAAGUUUGUCUUGGUCGAAAUUGGGAGACGGAAGGAGUUAACCAGCGCCGUGAAGACGUGUAAACGGUGUAGUUUAUAUGCUGCAAAUACGGACUCGGUGGAUUGUGCUGUCUGUCAUAACACUUAUCACAUGUACUGCGUUCGACCUGUCCUGACAAAGAAGCCUGCACGAGGUUUCGCAUGGGCCUGCGCAGCAUGCAGUCGAGCACAGGAACGAAAACUGGAGGCACGGAACACCCCGCUGCUCGGUGAGGCGCCGCACCCUGAAGGCGAAGAGGAAAUCGUGGAAGAGGAAGAGGAGGAUCCCAACGCCGCCGCGAACGGCACCACAGGCAGCACCCCAGCCCCUGUCGAGGAGGAGGUUCGACCAGCUACCGAGGAACAGGUGGCACAGGCCAGGAUGUGGCCUUACCGCUACUUGGGAAUUCACUGUCGGGUCGAAGACGCCCUCGAUUACGAUGACCGCAUAUAUCCACGGGCCAGCUCCCGAUUGGGGCCUCGCCACCAGGCAAUGGUGAUUCCGUGGCAUGGUAGGCCGGUGGAGUAUGUCAAACCGAUCGAUAUCAAGAAGAAAUACUUGAGAGGCGGCAGCGGUCGGAAGGAUUCCAAGCUGUCAAAGGAAACGCUUGCCGCGAUCGAGGCCGCCAAACAAGAAAAGGCGAACCGGCCGAAAUGGGUGCUGGACGAGCCUGCGGGCUACGUGCGCCGCGGUGAGGAUGAGCCGGUCCCAGUGGCGGGAAAGCAAGUACGUACCGCCGAAUUAAUGUUCAAAAUGCCCACUGCAGGACAGAUUUCAGCCCGCGGAGAAGAUGACAUGCCGGGCACUGAUCUCAGUCCCGCCGACAGGGAGAAGUUUAUCGACAAUUAUAUGAAGCAAGCCAAGGCAUUAGCUCCCGAUUUGGGAGUGGAGGGAUAUUCUACGAAUUUCCUCGACAAAGCUCUUGAGUUGCUCUAUUCUAACAGCUUUGAUGUCAAAGCGGCACUUGCGAAAUUGAAGCAAGUCAACAAAUACAAGGACCUCAAGGAACCCCACCUGCGCCCCGAAGAAGUCAAACUAUUUGAACAAGGAGUUGCCAAGUUUGGAUCGGAGCUACGCAAUGUCACCAAGCACGUUGGGACCGUACCGCAUUACCAGAUCGUCCGGUUCUACUACAUGUGGAAGAAGACCCCGCGCGGUCGUCAAAUCUGGGGAACCUACGAAGGCAGGCGGGGUAAGAAAGAAGCCAAGCGACACAAUGCUGCGAAGCUAGUAGAUGAUGUGGCGGAUGAUCACGAUGACUCGGCGUAUGAUAACGAGAAAGCGGUGGAGAAAAAGCGUGGAUUUCAGUGCAAAUUCUGUUCUACACGAACCUCACGUCAAUGGCGACGCGCGCCAGGAGUCCCGCCUGGCACAACAAAACCUAGUGAACCCUCCUCUAAGCAACGCGAUAAGGGACCACAGCUCACUGUGGCUCUAUGUCUGCGUUGCGCUCUCCUGUGGAGAAAAUAUGGCAUUCAGUGGGAGAGUGUCGAUGAAGUUGCGAAGAAGAUUGGGCAGAGUGGUAACAAGUCAUGGCGCCGCCGCGUAGACGAGGAGCUCUUGACCCAGCUUCUUCUCUCAACCGAAACCCCAAUCAGCAUCAACAGUGCCACAGCGGCUACGGCAGCUUCAUUAGGUGUUCCGGUAAAUGCUAAUCCUCAGGUACAACAAGAGUCCACAAAGAAAAAGGCACGAAUCACGGACAAAGAUAGCGCUACAACCUCCACAGCGACAUCGGUGGAACCACCUGCGCCGAAGAAGAAACUACCGACCGAGAAGGUGCCGGAACCCACGCCAGUCAUGCCUGAUCCUCCCAAGGCGAAGACGCUCCCAUGCGCUAUCUGCAACAAGAUGGAGCCCAUGGGUGACCAGCACCUGUCUUGCCGGGAUUGCCGACUGACCGUUCAUCGCGGCUGCUAUGGUGUUAGUCCAUCACGUAACUGUGUCAAAUGGCUCUGCGAUAUGUGCUCAAAUGACCGAGAGCCCAUGAUUUCGACUCGCUACGAAUGCGUCUUGUGCCCAGUGACCUGGACGGAGCAUGAAUUGAUGGAAGCGCCGAGAUCAACACAUAAGAAAAAGACUGAGCGCGAUCGUGAGAAGGAGAGACUCGAGAAAGAAUUACUGACCGAGGCCAUCAAGCUCUACCGGCAGCGGCAGGAGGAUGUGGGCAAGCCAAUUGGUCCGCGCGAGCCGCUCAAGAGAACUGCCGGUAACAACUGGGUUCACGUCGCUUGUGCCGUUUGGACUCCGGAGAUCAAGUUUGGAAACUCCAAGGAGCUUGAGCCAGCCGAAGGGUUUGGACUGAUUCCUGCGGACAGGUAUCGGGAGGUAUGUAAGAUCUGCAAGACAAACAAAGGAGCAUGCGUGCAAUGUCAUUAUAGCAACUGCAACGCCCGUUUCCAUGUUGGGUGUGCAUUCCAGGCGCAGUACAAGUUUGGCUUCGAUGUCACACCGGUGAAGAGCUCCAGGCGGGAUACCGUGAGCAGCGUGCGGCUUGGAGAUGAGUAUGGGUCUGCUUCGGCCGGAAUCUGGUGUCCCCAUCAUACCGUUUCCGCUGUUGUGCAUGAAAUCGGCGAGCCAACCGAGGAAGCGGGCUUGAAUGCGCUGCAGCGCUACGCGCAAGUCUACAAACAAGCGGACUUAAGCUUGACUGGGACUGUUCGGAGAGCCAAUUACGUACAACAGUCUGCCGGUGCGUCGCAUCACCCUGCAACAAACCCUGGGAGUCGCCGAGUCUCGGCCGUCAACGGUGUGGUGCCUCUGUCGACGACUACCAGAGACAAUCACAAGGUUAUCCCGGCAUCACCAGAGCAUGCGGCAGACGAAAUGGUCAUCGACUCCGAGAACCAUGUCCCUCGCCCCGCCACUGAUAGCAAUUCUGGCCGAAAGUGUGCUCGCUGCUCCAGCACCUGCACGCCCAAAUGGUGGUCGGUCGAUAAAUCGCGGCGAACAACUGACCUUCGGACGCCUCUGUUGAAUGGAGCCGGUCUGAAUGAGCCAAGGUAUCCCGGCGCAUCUUCGGCCAGUCCUCCUUACCUUUCUCGCAAGCCAUCUCAAACUGGUCUGCCCAGGCUUAACGGCGACUAUGCGUCUCCCGACAAUGGUACGGUGUCAGCAGACGGAUCGCAAGCGCUAGUGGAAUGCCAUAAGUGCCACCUCACGAAGCCCGCCUCUCAGCCAUCGCCCGAACCUCGACCGUCCCCAUAUCCCGCCUCUCGACCAGUCCUGCCGAAUCCUCCAAUUCGCGAGUUCCAUACCCACCCGUAUGGCCCUGGACCGCACCACGCCCAUCCGGCUCAGCCCAGUGUUCUUGCCAGACCGAUGGGCACGCCUUCGCACAGUGGGCCUGACUGGUAUGACCAGCGAUCCGCUGAUUAUGUGGAUGGCCGAUUGCGCAAUGGUCUACCGGUGCCUGGGUAUCGAGGAGGGCCCCCGCCCCCAUCAGCGCACCAUAUCAACGGCUACCAGCCGGCUCCAGCGCACCAUGCUCCUCCGCCUCCAGCUCCUCGCUAUACGGCAAGCACACACCCUCCUCCACCCCAGCCCUACUCCGCCCAUCAGAGUCCCUAUGGGCCGCCCUCGAUGCUGUCGCCUCGCCCUUCGCACGCUGCAGGGCCCCGCCCGUAUGCACCUUCGGCUUCACCACCGGAUAUUCAGGCCACGAUGGUCCGGCGUUCACCCUCUCACACGCUCAGCGCAUUGAACGGAGGGCCACCACCGCGGGUGUAUUCCGUUGAUCGGGUCCUCGGGGCGCCAGCCCAGUCACCCCCCAUAUCCCAAGCCCACGUUGACCCUCGGGGACCGACCCCUCCCGUGAAGCCGGAUGAAACGCCCAUCGGUGGAGGGCCGAAUUUGAUGGGCACGGGCAGACACCCGAACAAUGGUGGGACGAAUGGCGGCUCUGGCGCCAGCGCCAGUCCUUCCUUGAAGAACUUACUUUCCUGA